AUGGUACAAUUCGGAGACUUUAAUAGAAUCUGCGAGAUGGUGGCUCUCACCGUGUGUCCUCUUGUAGGAGCAGAGGAGGGUAUUGAGCCAACAUGUUAUUCGAGAAAUGUUGAGGUUGCGGGAACGCUGAUUUUUCAGCCUGCCACCAUUAUUAUUCAUAUCAUUGCACUCAUCAUGACCUUCAUCAUGAUUUACCACAUAAAAUCAAAAUAUACCGCUGUUGGUCGUAAGGAAAUUGUUAUGUUCUUCUAUUUGUACAUGAUUGUUACCUUCUUGGAACUGUUACUAGUUUCCGGAAUCGUUCCUACAGCCUCCAAGAUUUACCCGUUUUUUGUCGCUGCUCAUGUUGGCUGCAUUACUGCUACUUUCUGGUGUUUACUGCUAAACGGAUUUGUAGGAUUUCAAUUUGCUGAGGAUGGUACACCAUUAUCACUUUGGUCUAUUCGUAUUUCUUCGUUUGUUGUUUUUGGAGCUGUAUUCUUCCUUAGUAUUGCUACAUUCCAGAAAAUGGCCGGUUUCGAUCCCCUACGUCCAGUACCACUUUGGAUUGUACUAUACGUAUUCAAUGGUGCAGCUCUCGUGAUUUACGUAGUUCUUCAAAUAGUUCUUGUUUAUAAUACUCUUGAUGACCGUUGGCCACUUGGUGAUAUUAUGUUUGGCAUUGCUUUUUACAUCAUUGGCCAAGCUACUCUUUACGUAUUUUCGGUCCGUAUCUGUGAUACUGCUAAGCAUUACAUUGACGGUCUGUUCUUUGGAACAAUUUGUACCCUUUUAGCAGUGAUGAUGGUCUAUAAAUACUGGGAUUCUAUUACUAAGGAAGAUCUUGAAUUUUCUGUUGGAAGUAAGCAAAAUGUAUGGGAAGUUAAAGAAUUACUUGAAGAAGAAUACCCCAAUCCAAGUUAUUAUCCGCAACAUCAAUAUUCCGGAUACAACGACGGUUAUUAG